AUGAAUCAAUCUGGUGCUCAAGGGAACUCUAGACAAGGUGCUAAUGCUAACCACUCAAGUAGAAACUGCAACAGAUGGUCACUUGAUCGUGCGCUUAUUAAUGCCAUGAAUGAUCUUAUUGAUCUUGGAGGCUGGAAAACAGAUAAUGGACAAUUCAAAAAUGGUGCUUAUGCUAAGUUGGAAAUUCUUAUGAAAGAAAAGUUGCCUGAAUGUGACAAAAAAGCCAAACCUCAUAUUGAGUCUAGGGUGAAGCUCCUUAGGAAACAAUAUGAUGCUAUUCCGGAGAUGCUUAGCCCGAGUGCAAGUGGAUUUGGCUGGAAUGACGAAGGAAAGUUUGUUACAUGCCCACAAUCGGUUUGGGAUGAAUGGAUUAAGAGUCAUAAAAAUGCAGCAGGGUUAAGGAAUAAGCCUUUUCCAUUUUUUGAUGACUUGGGGAAAAUAUUUGGCAAAGAUAGAGAUGUUGGAAAUGAAGCUACAAAUGUGUACGAUGUACUUGAAGAGAUGGAUGAAGAAGAGCAAGAAGUCCCUGAAUCUAUAGAGUCAAUCAAUUUAACUCCCAUAGGUAAUCCAACGGGACAUUCAUCAUCUCCGACAACUACAACUAGUAGGACUAAGAGAGCAAGGACAUAA